AAGAAGAAAAACUCCACACAAAAGUGACAUUUGUGGGGUCCGUGAAAAAGUCCGUGGUUGUGUUGGAUUUCCUCGGUUUGCAGAUCGAAGAUUUCGCCAUCAAGAUUCAGAGUGUUUAGUGGCCGUGUUCGAACUCCCGUCGUGCGUAAGUUGGCAACGAAGAAGUCGUGCAAUUACAAUGCCUUGUGCCGUGCAUAGAAAUUGAAAACUUGCGUGAAUGAGAUCACGGGUUGUACGGAGCCAUCAGCCCCGCUGCUGUUCGCACUCGCCUUCCCACUCGCUCGUGCCCUUUUUCUCCUCUCUCAUUGUUGUUUCUUGAACUCGUUGCUUUUUAUAGUUUCGUUGGAUUUCUUGUGUGCGAAGUGUGUUUAUGAAAAGCGCGAGAUAUCUUGCGAAAAGGUGCAGUGAAAAAUUGGGGAAUUGUCAUUCCACGGGAACGUGCACGGUCAUGCGAAACACGGCACGACGUGAGUGUCAGUGCAGAGCCCUUUGUUUGCAGUGAAUAUACUACGCGGGUGACCCCAGCAGCGAACGACUUUCAACUCGGUUGGAUGUAAAUAAACGCAGGGGCUGCAUGCGAAUCGUCGGGAAAAUUGCUUAAUUGUGGAUGACGGAGUUCGCCUGAGAAACGACUGCAGGACUUGGCCAAUCCACCAUCUUUUCUGGCGUUGCCUUCGACCCUUUUAUGAAAAUUGACGAGUAGACAUCGAAGGGCCACUUGUGUCCGAGGCGUCACACAAAGGAUUACUUGUGGCAGUAGUUACGAAACGUUGUCGACGGCGACUCGAAAGAUGUCAUCGCGGAGCAUACCUGCAGACAAGAUUAACUUACGCCUAAUUCUGGUUAGUGGCAAAACAAAAGAAUUUUUAUUUAGCCCCUCAGAUUCAGCUGGUGAUAUCGCACAAACAGUGUUUGAUAAUUGGCCAGAAGAUUGGGAGGCCGAAUUGGUUUCGAAAGCGGAAAUAUUACGGCUUAUUUAUCAAGGUAGAUUUUUACAUUGCAACGUAACGUUAGGUGCACUAGGACUUCCACUGGGUAAAACCACUGUUAUGCAUUUAGUUCCACGAGACAAUUUGCCAGAACCGAAUUCUCAAGAUCAACGGCAGAAAAGCAAAGGAGGUUCUAGUAGAUGCUGUUCAACAGCUUGCUGCAUUUUGUAACUAAUUUUUCUAGGUCUAGUUAUACAUGUAACUAUAUAAGAAUUAUUUAAAGAAACUAUUAUUAAUUUAAUGUUUAGAUUUUUAUCUAAAGAGAACAGAAACAAUAACCACACAUAAUAUAUAUAUAUAUAAAGCGCAGAUAAAUUAUUUUCUUUAGAACUGUUAAUUUUUGUCUCCUAACUAAUGAAAUAGUGUUAUUACUACGUAUUUGAGAUCGAACAUGCGGAUCAUGGGGAUCAUGCGGAUGCAAAGUAGUAUUUGAUAAGAAACAAUGUGUUGUGAUUGAACAACAGCAUUCAAAAGAAAAUCAAAGAUAAAUAAAACUAAAGUAAAUUGAGAUUGUAAGAAAGUAUCUAGUAUCUAAUGAAGUAAUGAAGAAAUAUGAACGAGAUUAGAGAAUUUAUUUAGAUCAAUUUAUUAAUCUCAUUAUAAAUAAUUGUAAUUAUUUGAAUAUAAGUGAAAACAAUGAAACUGUGUAAUCUUAUGAUAGGACGGAGGAAAUGAGAGGUGUGCUGUCGAUGCGCGAAUUUUUCCCAGGCGGAUGGACGGCACACCAAACUUUUUGUGGCUUCUAAAGCACUCACAUGAUAGCUUUCUGUUGUAUUCGAAACCGUGAAAAUUUACUAAACAAAACAAAAAAAAAAUAUUAGGAUUUGUUGAUAUACUUUAAGCGAAUAAGUGACUACUCUUAAACGCGCCGCAAAGUUAUUCUUUAGUUGUGCUGAGGAACGCGGAAGAUUAUAUUUGCGAACAAAUUAUUGCCCCCUUGGAGGCGUAUUUUUACAUCAGAAUCGUUACUCAAACCGAGUACUUAUAUUUUACCCAAGGAGUUUCGUUUUUUUUUUCGUCUCUCCGAAACUCGAUCGUCAUCGUCCCUAUUUUAUUUUGUCUGGUGAAUUUGAUGUAGUUGACACUGUACUGUUUGCAAAUCCAAGAAGAUAAACUAUUCAAACUCUCCGCUUUACUACUUGAAACUAUAAACGAUUAACAUUACUAUUUGAUAGCAUAGAAAGAACAUAAGAAAUCACCUACAAGUAACAAGUAAGACGAUUGUAUAUACAAAACAUAGAUUAAUUGCUGAUCAUUUUAUUUGAGAUGGUAAAGUAAAUGUAUUUUUUUUACUCGACUUUUUAAAGUGUUUAUGUUUAGUUCGUUGCAAGCUAUCGAUUGAAAUUUUCACCAUAUAUUGACAGUUACUGACUGUAACUCCGCACGUCGUAAUAUGUGUAUGAAUUAUGAGUACGUUAGUCUUGUUCUGAUCUAAAUUUUUUCACGUAAAACCAACAUAUCAUAUAUGAAUGCCAAGAGACUAAAAAAUUUUUUAGGAUAGGAAAUUAUUUGCUGUAUUUUGCCCAAAUAUGUUAGAUCAUCUAAAUUGUUUUAUGAUUAAUGUGUAUGUAGCUCUGUCUUGGAUGAAAUUUUGCUUAGGAAGUUUGUCUGCCUUUGAUAUACUUCGCAUUCUCCAUUGUAUUUUGGAGCUGAGCCUAGGCUGAAUGCAAUUUCUUAAACUAUCAUCACGAUGAGGCAAGUAGAAGGACAAAAUUCAAGAUUAGGGUGCAUCUUGUUUAAACUAUUUACCUCCUUGGCAAUGAGUGCCCUUUCAGCAGAUACGGAUUGGGAAUACAAAAACGAAAUCUCCAUUAAUGUCUAGGAUAGUGAGAGAUCCUAAGUCCACAUCCACUUGAUGUUGGACCGAACCAAAUGGAGAGCAACUUA